UCUCAGUCUCUCCUCCCUCUCUGUGUUCGGGCCCCACCUCUUCCCCAGGCCCAAUCUUUCUCCGCCAUGUUAGUUUUUCCCGGUCCCGGCCUACUGCCCAGGCCGUCUCCCGGGUUUCUAGCUUGGCAGCGGGCGCAGCUGGCCCCCAGGGGCCCCGGCGCGUGACCGGCGGACAGAGCGAGGCUGGUUAUUGUCACUCCACCAGUCAUGGGGGACAUGAAGACUCCAGACUUUGAUGAUCUUCUGGCAGCUUUUGAUAUUCCUGACGCCACAAGCCUGGACCCCAAAGAAGCUAUCCAGUCUACAAGUGAUGAACCAGAAAAUCACCUUAAGCCCUCAGGAAUGUGCUUGGAUGAAAACUUGUCCUUGUCUCAGUCUGUGCCAGCUCCUGAUGUUCCUGCGGUCAGUGUCAUUGUAAAGAACACCAGUCGACAAGAAUCCUUUGAGGCAACUGAAAAGGAGGGUAACCACAUGGGUUCAACUCUUCUGCAGAAUGGCUUCCGUAGCCCAGAAGUGGGAAAUGAACCACAUGCUCCUGAACAGGCGUAUGUCAAAUUUGAACCAGGCUUCAUUAAUGGAGACAGUUCAAGAGGUUAUAAUGACAAACUAGAGUCACAUAAGUCAGAACCAUUACCGACGUUUAACCAGUUUAGUCCAAUUUCUAGCCCUGAACCUGAUGACUCUUCAAAAGAUAAUGGAGUUUUGAGCAAACAUAAAGCAGCAGAAAGUUCUUACUUCCCACAGUCCUCUAUUUACGUCCCUACAGAACCUUGUGUUGUGGAUUCUCUGCGGAAGCCUGCAGAAACUGAGCUUAGCAUGUUUGAUGAAUACUGCAAGAAGGAGCAGAAAUCUGACUGCAAGGAAAUGGAGAAGGAGAGGUCUGCAGAGCAAACCAGAGACACCGAUAAAUCCAAUAGUUUUCUUGGUGUGUCUUUGCCGUUUAAAGAUGUUCAGGAGAAUACAACAGCUGAAGAGAAGGUCUUUUCAGAGUCAAGUGCGUGUUCUUCAGCUGUGCCUCCUCGACAGCGUAUUAAACCUGCUCAUUCUAAGCUGUCUUCCUGUGUGGCUGCUUUGGUAGCCCUGCAGGCCAAAAAGGUUGCCAUGGUUCCAAAGGAAGAACCAAUGAGUACGCCUAAGGAGACAGUUGCACCAUUAAAAGAAAGUAUUAAGGGAAGUCCAAAAAUGCCCAAGUCCCCAAAAAGCCCUAGGAGUCCACUGGAAGUGGUUAAGAAGAUUAUUAAACCCCCUGAUAGUCCAAUGAGUGUCUGCAGUGACACAAGCAGCAAGGAUUCUCCUUCUGUCUGUGCUGGCUCACCUCCUGCUAUCCCUAAAGUGCGGAUUAAGACAAUAAAGAUGUCUUCUGGGGAGAUCAAAAGAACAGUAACCAGAAUUUUGCCAGAAGUUGAAUCUGAUGACAUGGUAAAAUCUCCAGAGGAUUUGCAGGGUGAGAACUCCUCUGGUGAGGAUGUAAAAACCACUAUUUCUUUGGAGGAUGUGUCUUCCUCUGAAAAGUUAAAGACUCCAGUUAGAACUGCAACACCCACCAACAGUCAGGGACCCAGUGCAACAAUUCCCCAGGUAACCAAUUCCAAAGGUGAGAAGAAAAAGAGUGUGCCUACUUCAAAUCUUCAUAACCCUGGCAGCGGCUCAACAAAGACUUCAAACUCUUCACAGACCAAGAAGCAGUCACCAGCUACAACUAAGGCAGCAUCAAACCCAACCACUCAGCUUCCCAAAGCAGUCCAUCUUGCCAACCUAAAUUUGGUUCCUAAUAGUGUCACUAUACCUGUGGCAGCAAAGACUACACCAGUCAGACCAAUACAACCUUUGACUGUGCCAUUGGUACACCAAGUUAAGGUAGCAGCCCCUGUCAUUGUUGAGGCUUUUAAUAAACUUCUGCACAGUGCAAAUCCUGUACCAACAUAUGCCCCAAAUUUAAACCCACCUCCUGAAUGUAAUAUUCUGCUUCCUUCUUCUGGCUAUACAUGUUUGGAGUGUGGGGACUCAUUUGCUUUGGAGAAAAGCCUUACCCAGCACCACAACAGACGGAGUGUGCAUAUAGAGGUUAUGUGUACUCAGUGCUCUAAAACAGUCCAGUUCUACAAUAAAUGCAGCUUGUUGGGUCAUGCCAGGGAGCACAAGAGCAAGGGCCUUAUUAUGCAGUGCUCUCAACUCAUGAUGAAGCCCAUCUCUGCAGAGCAGAUGCUUUCGGCACCCACUUUAAUUGCUCCCGCAUUCACUGCACAGCUUUCACCUGCCGUUCAACGGACAAUAGGUUCAACAGCGUCAUCAACCACGUGGUCUGGGGGGACUUCAUAUGCACCCGCCAUGCCUCUUUAUGCAGACCCAUACGGACUCAUACGCCAUGGGUUCAAAUGUUUAGAGUGCAGCAAGCAGGUGGAGGAUUAUACUUGUCUGGCAGGACAUUAUCAGAGGGUGGCCGAGGAAAAAGAUGGACUGACAUGCCAGGUAUGCCAGAUGAUGCUUCCUAACAAGUGCAGUUAUGGCGCUCACCAGCGCAUUCACACACACAAGUCUCCGUAUUGCUGUCCAGAAUGUGGGGUGCUCUGCCGAUCUGCCUAUUUUCAGACCCAUGUGAAGGAGAAUUGUCUACAUUAUACUCGCAAGGUGGCAUUUCGGUGCAUCCAUUGUGGAGUGGUGUUUAUGUCUCUAGGGAUGCUGAAAGUUCACAUUCAAGACAAGCACUGUGAGGUCUUCCACAAGUGCUCUUUUUGUCCGAUGGCCUUUAAGAGCGCAGAAAGUACAGCUGCUCACAUCACUACCCAGCAUCCCACUGCCAACCAUAAGAACGCGCAAAUAAUCUACAAAUGUUCAUGUGAAACUGUCUUCAAUAAGAAAAGACUGCUGCACCAGCAUUUCUACCAGAAUACAAACUCCCUGCUCGUCAGUGUGUUUAAAUGUCCAGAGUGCCAGCUGGCUUACAUGCAGAAACAGCUACUAGUACAGCAUCUCAAGAAUGUACAUGGCCUUCCUAAAGCCUCUGAAGACGCUGCAGCUGCUCAGAAGAAGUCCGAUACUACAGAGAAAACCGAAGACUCCUCGUUACCAGGAAAGUCCGGGGGAAAGGCUGAGGGGUCGUCCUCAUCCAAAAAAGAGACUGGAUCUUCAGAGUCACAGCAGAAUGUGAAGCUGUCAGGCUGGACUUGUGGAGAAUGCUCAGAGUGGAUUCUGGACCGAGAGACCUACAUAUUCCACAUGAAAAAGAGUCAUGGAAAAUGUAUGAAGAGGUACCCAUGCAGACAGUGUGAACGAUCUUUCAAUUCUACUGCUAGUUUAAGAAGACAUGUCCGCAACAACCAUGACACAAAAGCAGAUUACUCAUGCUGCUACUGCACAGAGAAGCCGAAAUUUGCCAAGCCAUCCCUGCUGGCCAAUCAUAUCCUCCUAAUGCAUGGUAUAAAAAACCCAGAACUCAGCCAGGUGACAAAGAAUGCGAAGAUACCACCAGAUACACCAACACAAAGUGGAGGAAAAGAGCAGACCACAGGCACGAAGCGAGCAAAUAAAAAGGCGCAGGGGGAGUCGGGUGAGAAGGGGAGUCCUGAUGCAAAGAAACUGAAAACUGUGUAUAAGUGUGCAAAGUGUGGCUUCACUACAGACACCAGCACAGAAUUCUUAGAGCACAUACCUCAGCAUAAGACUGACAACUCCACUCGCCAGUGUGUGCACUGUGGCUUGUGUUACACCUCCCAGAUAUCACUGAACAGGCACCUCUUCAUUGUGCACAAGGUGAAGGAGGAUGAGGAGGAGGAGAAUGAUCAAAGAGAAGUAAGCUCUGACCCCAAAACCUCACAGCGCUCACGCAUAAAGCAAGAUCAUGGAGUGUCUUGGGAGUGCAACCAGUGCAAUUUAACCUUUGACCUUGAGAGUGCGCAUGAUGCUCACUUACGGACUCAUAAGGACAGCUCCCAUAGCAAUCAAAAAAAGGUUUCCCAGUAGCCUAUACGGUUUGGACUCUGUGUAAAAAAAUCUACUUUUGGAAGCAAAACAAAUGUGUAAAGACUUAGAAAAAGAGAGAGUUUAACUGAACUAUUUUUACUGAGAAAUUGAAAAGGGUAUUGGUUUAAAUUAAAACAAAACAAAAAAAACACACAAAUAUCGAUUAAGGUACUGUGUAUGUUUAUAUUGUUUAUAUGGACUGUUAAAUGUUUAUUUAGGAACCAAGUCACAGUCGUCCUUUACAUGGACACACAAGGCCCAAUAUUUAAAAGGGGGGAUCAGCAGAAAGUGUUUUUUUUUUCCUUUUUUUUUUUUUUUUUUUUUUAAAGAGAGUGUGAGAUGUCAUUUUGAUUCCUUUUAUUUUAAAUAACAUGUCUCCCAUUUCAACAGUA